UCAGGACGUCCCGCCCGAUUAUGAAACGAUUGGUACUAUAUUUGGCUAUGCACUAGUUGCCUUAUCAUGGCUCCUCAUCAUCCUUACAUUCCCAUUCUCCAUGUGUGUUUGCCUAAAGGUUAUAAAAGAAUACGAAAGAGUUGUAAUAUUUCGAAUCGGUCGGCUAGUGUUCGGAGGAGCGCGUGGUCCUGGAAUGAUAUUUAUCAUACCAUGUAUUGACACAUAUAGAAAAAUCGAUCUCAGGGUAGUCUCCUACGCAGUGCCACCUCAGGAAAUCUUGUCAAAAGAUUCCGUGACUGUGUCUGUAGACGCUGUCGUCUAUUUCCGUACCUCUGACCCCAUCGCUUCUGUAAAUAACGUAGAUGACGCUAUUUAUUCUACAAAAUUGUUGGCACAAACUACACUCAGAAAUGCAUUAGGUAUGAAAACCCUAACGGAAAUGCUUACCGAACGUGAAGCAAUCGCUCAGUUCCCACUAGCGCUACUUAUUGUGGAGCGAGUGGAAGUAAAAGACAUCAGGCUACCUCAGCAACUGACCCGAGCCAUGGCGGCAGAAGCUGAGGCUGCGAGAGAGGCUCGCGCUAAGGUGGUCGCAGCAGAAGGAGAGCAAAAGGCUUCUCGCGCUUUGAAGGAAGCAGCGGACGUCAUUCAAGCGAAUCCAGUCGCUCUCCAACUUAGACACCUGCAAGCGUUAAAUAGCAUUGCGGCUGAGCACAAUUCAACGAUCGUAUUCCCUGUGCCAGUUGAAAUGUUUGGCGCCUUCAUGAAGAAGGAUGUUUGA